AUGGCUCCCAAGCAACCUUACCAGCUCACUCCCGAGCAGCAGGCCGCUGCCGAGGAAAAACGCCGAUUACGUGCGGCGUCAAAGGCGGUGCAACAGAAUCAAGUUGUAGAAACGCAUCAGCGCGGUACAAUUGUCGGCCGCGAAUAUCUUUCAGUCAGCGAACCUGAACCCGAAGGGCCUCGUUUGACAAUCAUGACUUGGAAUCUUCUCGCGCAAUGUCUCGUCCGUCGUAAGCUCUUUCCGACGUCCGACUGCCUCAAGGUCAACCAGCGUCUGAACAUGACCUACGAGGAGCUUCUUUCCCCGCGCGCCGAUGUCAUCUGCUUGCAAGAAACCGAUAGACUCGAGAAGCUUCUUCCGGUACUCGAUAAGGCAGGAUACGAUCAUUCCUAUGCCGCCGGACCUCGUAAGAAGCACGGCUGUUGUAUCGCCUGGCGUCGCAGCAUCUUCUCCAAGGUCGCUUCAAAAGUGCUAUAUUACGAUGAUGAGCCUGGCCUGAGUUUCCGCACUCGCAAUAUCGCGCAUAUCGUCGCUCUACGGCGCACUGAUUCCGAAGAUGGAGUGAUUGUUGCUACAACUCAUCUCUUCUGGCAUCCGGCGUACAUAUAUGAGCGCUCUCGACAAGCCGCACUGCUUCAGCGCGAGACUCGCUCGUUUCGUGCUGCUCACGGCUCCAGCUGGCCUGCGAUCAUCGCCGGCGACUUCAACUUUGCACCGCAUGAAGCCGCUUACGCUCUCAUGCUUCGUCAACCGCUCUCAGAGGCCCACCGCGCGAAGUUAUCUGGCUCGCGCGUCGUGCACAAGUCCGUAGACCCGGCUGUGUCAGCGGAGGAGAUACGUAAACCUGAAAAGGUCGAGGUUGCCGCAGCAGCGCAGGAGAAUACGGAGGCAGAAAAGGACGAAGACGGGGGCGAGGGUGAGGGCGAGGGCGAGGAGGGUGAGGAGGGCGAGGAAGAGGGCGGAGGUGACCCGGAUCGUGUCCUUGUCAAUACGCGCCCACCUCGCCCGGAGGACGGGUUGUUGGAAGACGACGAGCUCGAAGCGCUCUACGCUCUAGGCGAUGAACCUACCCCUCGCAGUGCUUAUGAUGAGGGGCAGAGGACCCUAGCGGCGGCGGGUGUUGAAGAUGUGGAUUUACUACGAUGUGGCGAGCGCCUUGGCAUUGACAAGAGCUCGCUAGGAGCAUAUGAGCCUGUGUAUACAAACUACACAUUCUACUGGAAAUUGACACUCGACUACGUGUUUCUAUUAGAUCCGCCAGGUUCGCGUUCAAAAGUACUACGUAUACUCGCGCCACACAAAGCCGAGAAUUUGGGCGACGGACUACCAAAGAAGGGUAUUUCGGCGAGCGAUCACGUCUCGCUUGCAGCGGAACUUCAGUGGACCAAGGUCGAGGCAUGA